AUGGCUGCUAAGUACACUAUCGUCCUCCUCCGUCACGGUGAAUCCGAAUGGAACCUCGAGAACAAGUUCACAGGCUGGUACGACUGCGACCUCUCUGCCAAGGGCCGUGAAGAGGCUAAGUCUGCUGGUGAAGUCCUCAAGGCCGAAGGAUUCACAUUCGAUAUCGCCUUCACAUCCGUCCUUAAGCGUGCUAUCCGCACACUCUGGAUCACACUCGAUGGCAUGAACUUAAUGCACAUCCCAGUCAUUCGCUCAUGGCGUCUUAACGAGCGCCACUACGGUGCUCUCCAGGGCCUCAACAAGGCUGACACAGCCAAGAAGUACGGUAUGGAGAAGGUUACAGAAUGGCGCCGUGCUUUCGCCAUCCCACCACCACCACUUGAGAAGGAUUCUCCAUACUACCCAGGCAACGAUGCCCGCUACAAGGACCUCGACCCAGCUUGCCUCCCACUCCACGAGUCCCUCAAGACAACAAUCGAUCGUGUUCUUCCAUUCUGGUUCGACCAGAUCGUUCCAGCCAUCAAGUCUGGCAAGAAGGUCAUCAUCGCUGCUCACGGCAACUCCCUCCGUGCCCUCGUCAAGUAUCUUGACAACAUGUCCGAGGAUGAGAUCGUUGCUCUCAACAUCCCAACAGCUGUUCCACUCGUUUACGAGCUCGAUGAGAACCUCCGCCCAGUUUCCCACCGCUACCUCGGUGAUCAGGAGAAGAUCGCUGCUGCUAUCAACGCUGUCGCUAACCAGACAAAGGGCAAGUAA